GAUUGAUGGUUUGAGUUGAAACAGCCAUGAUGGAUGGUUUCAAACUUGUGUUUUGUGUGUUGUUGUGUCACCACUUUUUACACAAAGGGCAAACUUCUCCUGUGGGACAUAAAACUUACAAGAAUAAUGUUGAGCAAGAACUUCUGGGGAGUCAAGGAAACCAAAUGCCAAUUUCUUACCAAGUCAACAACCAAAAUUCAAGACCAGUGGUAGCAAAGUGCAACAUGGCUGUUCUGGUGUCUUUAAGAAAUGCAUCUGGGAUAAUUAUUCAAAAAGAUAUUGAUGGGGCCGUGUUGGCAGGCAGCUCUGGCCACCACAAGCCUCAGCCCCAGCCAGAGAAGCCAAGCUCUGGCCACCCUGAGCCUCAGCCCCAGCCAGAGAAGACUAGCUCUGGGCACUCAGAACCUCAGCCCCAGCCAGAGAAACCCACCUACGGCCACCCAGAGCCUCAGUCCCAGCCAGAGGAGCCCAGCUCUGGCCUUCCCAAGCCCCAGCCAAAGGAGCCCAUUCCUCCCCAUCCUGAGCCCCAGCCAGAGAAGCCAACCUCUGGCCACCCAGUGCCCCAGUCGGAGAAGCCCACCUCUGGCCACCCCGAGCCUCAGCCCCAUCCGGAGGAGCACAGUUCUGGCCACCAAGAACCUCAGCCCCAGCCAGAGAAGACAAGCUCUGGGCACUCAGAACCUCAGCCCCAGCCGGAGGUGCCCAUUUCUGGCCACCCUGAGCCUCAACCCCACCCAGAGAAACCAACCUACGGCCACCCUGAGCCUCAGACCCAGCCGGAAGAGCCUAGCUCUGGCCAUCCCAAGCCCCAGCCAAAGGAGCCCACUCCUCCCCAUCCUGAGCCCCAGCCAGAGAAGCCAACCUCUGGCCACCCAGUGCCCCAGCUGGAGGAGCCCACCUCUGGCCACCCCGAGCCUCAGCCCCAUCCGGAGGAGCACAGCUCUGGCCACCCAGAACCUCAGGCUCAGCCAGAGGAGCCCAGCUCUGGCAACCCCAAGCCCCAGCAAAAGGAGCCCACCCCUCCCCAUCCUGAGCCCCAGCCAGAGGAGCCCACCUCUGGCCACCCAGUGCCCCAGCCCCAGUUGAAGGAGCCCAUAUCUGCCCACCCUGAAUCUCACCCCAAGCUGAGAUUCUCUGCCCACCCUGAGCCUCAGCCCCUGCCGGGGGAGCCCACCACUGGCCACCCAGUGCCCCAGCCCCUACCAGGGGAGCCCAGCUCCAGCCACCCCGUGUCCCUGCAGGAGGAGCCCAGCUCCAGCCACCCCAUAUCCCUGCCAGAGGAACCCAGCUCCGGCCACCUCAUGGCCCUGCCGGAGGAGCCCAGCUCCGGCCAUGCCGAGCCCCAGCCCAGCUCCCAACCUACCUCCGGCAACCCCAAGCACUUCUUGGAUUUCUUAAUCACUCUUCUAUCUCACUUCUUGGAUUUCUUAGUCACUAAAUCUGCCUUACUUAGACCCAUGUGACUUUUACACAAUUGACCCAAAUAAAACAAUUUU